AUCAGUCGGAGCUCAAUUGUUGAUCAGAUCACAUCUAAGGGAUUUAGGAGCACAGACGAGCCGAGAGUUGAGGGAAGACGCCCCACCGAGUCGGUCCACACGCGCCUCCACAUGCAUGUCACAAGAUCCGUCUGAGAGGGAGGGAGAGCGAAGGGAAGAGAAAGAAAAAUCACCCAGACUGGGUUUCUUUCCGCGCGGCAGCCUGAGACUUCCGCAAGAGCGAGAAAGAGGCUUGCUCAGCCUCAGCUCUCAGGCUGUCCUCCUCUGCAGUCAGCCCCCGCUUGCCUGCCUGCCUGGCGCUGCUGCUGCCGCCGCCCCGCCGCCUUCUGGCUCCGUCUCGCCCCGUCGGCGGUGCGUGUUGUUCCUCCUCGCCCGCGCGCCCGGGAUGUCCUUCCCGCAGCUGGGCUACCCGCAGUACCUCAGCGCCAGCCAGGCCGUGUACGGCGGGAGCGACCGGCCGGGGGUGCUGGCGGCGGCGGCCGCCGCAGCCGCAGCCGCAGCCGCCGCCUCGGGCCGUCCGGGGGGCGCGGAGCUGAGCAGCGGCUCUACCGCCGCCGUCACCUCGGUGCUGGGCAUGUACGCCGCCGCCGCCGCCGGGCCCUACAGCACGCCCAACUACAGCGCCUUCCUGCCCUACACCGCCGACCUCAGCCUCUUCUCGCAGAUGGGCUCCCAGUAUGAACUGAAGGACAACCCUGGGGUCCACCCUGCAACUUUUGCUGCUCAUACCACUCCUGGCUAUUAUCCUUAUGGGCAGUUCCAGUACGGGGACCCAGGGAGGCCCAAGAAUGCCACCCGGGAGAGCACCAGUACCUUAAAGGCCUGGCUGAAUGAGCACCGCAAGAACCCUUACCCGACCAAAGGGGAGAAGAUCAUGCUGGCCAUCAUCACCAAGAUGACCCUCACGCAGGUCUCCACCUGGUUCGCCAACGCCAGGAGGAGGCUCAAGAAGGAGAACAAGGUCACCUGGGGAUCGAGGAGCAAGGAUCAAGAGGAUGGGAACCUCUUUGGGAGUGACAAUGAGGGGGACACCGAGAAAAAUGAAGACGACGAAGAGAUUGACCUGGAGAGUAUUGACAUAGACAAGAUUGACGAGAAUGAUGGGGAGCAGAGUAAUGAGGAAGAGGAAGAGAAGGUGGAGCUUCUCAGGCAAAGCAGUGAGGAAGAACAUUUGGAGAAAGAGAAGGUCCUGCCACUGUUGGGCCCCAAUGGACUUAAACCCAAAGAGGCCCUCUCUCUGGUGAAGGAGGCCUCGGACAAUCCCACCAGGAUCCUGAGCCCCAGUAGGCAAAAUGCUCUACAGGGCCCACUUCACAACAAGCCCAAGAUCUGGUCUUUGGCAGAGACUGCGACCAGCCCAGAUGGGGCCCUUAGCAAGCCAACAGCUCCCUCCCCACCUGCCCAGGUUAACCAUACUUCCCCCCAGCUCCAGCACCCAGCUUUCCUCCCCAGCCAUGGACUUUACACCUGUCAGAUUGGCAAAUUUCACAACUGGACAAAUGGGGCAUUCCUCACCCAGAGCUCCUUGUUAAACGUGAGGUCCUUUUUGGGAGUUAAUCACCACCAUGCUGCCCACCACAACCACCAUCUUCAGGCCCAGCAGCAGCCUUCUGUGUUAACAGCCCUUAGCAAUGAAAAGCCUUCAGAGAGGACCAGCCCCAAACACAUAGAGAGAGAAAACAUACCAAGGACCGACUCUCCGCCUCAACAGUUAAAGUCUCCCUUUCAGCCUGUCCGGGACAACUCUUUGACUCAGCAAGAGGGAACAUCGUGAAUUUUAACAACUCUCUCUUCUGCUUGAUUAAGUGGGGGGGGGCUUUUUGGUGCAAAAGGAAAUUUCACAGACUGGUCUAAAGGACAAAACAAAUCAUGGAAAUUAUCUAAAUGACUCCCACCAAUCUUUUUUUUUUUUUUUUGCAAUAGGGUGGUAUCAGUCCAUUAAAAAAAACAAUUUCUUAACCGGACUUUCCCCAUUUCUGUUACUCCAUUUUCCAAAUGUGUAAUUCUAACCAUGAUUGGAUUAUUUGUUUUGGUAAAGAUUUCUCAUGUGUUUGUGUUAUUUUUUUCUGUAUA